GUUGCGAAGAAAAAAAAACUUUACUGUAUCUUUACAUUUAAUGGUAUCAUAAUUCCUUAUGUAUAAAAUUCAAAAAUGCAACCAUACAUCUAUUUAUUUAUCAUGACAAAAUCACAGUAUUUUUAUAAUAUUCUUUGAUGCUGUAACAAAGAGCUGAAUUAAUUAUUAAUUAUUUAAUCAACAUUUAAACAGCAAUUACUAAUUGCUGAUAUUUUAAUUCAUAAAUUGUUAUUAUUUAUUUCGAUAUAAAUUAUUAUAUUAAUUAUACAUAUAUUACUUGGUUUUGAAAUCCAUCCAAAAAAUUAUAAUAUUGGCCAUGUGUCCAUUUAUUUAAUAUUACUUUAAUUAUUUGCUAUGCAGUGCAUUAUUAGUCUCGCAGCGUUUUACUUUGCAUAUAAGAAAUUAAUUGUUUAACAGAUUGAAUGUUUUACCAAAUACUGAAAAUAUAUUUAUUUUACAGUAAACAGGGUAAUCAAAAUAUUUUAUCUAUUUUUUCGUAAGCAGCGUUCAUUGACAAUUUUUUCUUAAAACUGGCUAUAAUUAUUAAAGUAAUACAUUAUUAGGAACGUAUUUCUAAAAUUAUUAUCAAAUGAUUUGUUAAAUAUGUUUCUAAAAUUUUCAAAUAUUGCACACUCUAUACUAUAGUCGAUAAAGUAAUUGCAUCAUGCAUGCCCCAGCGAGAUAUGAUAAGAGAGGAAAUGGUAAAACGGACUGUUUCCUCUAUAUGAAGACCUCUUGUUGGUAAUGCAGACUUAAUCUUACCCUGGGAUGUCCGGGACCCUACAAAAUUAUGACUCUGGUAAUAAAGAAAUAGUAAUCGUAUUUAGUUAAAGAUUUGUGUUGAAAGUGAUUAUUAUGCCAGUUGGACCGAAACUUGAACGACAGUCAAUUUGAUUAAACUGUAAUAUUUAACACGGGUCAGUUUUCUCGUAAACGAAGAAAAUCGGUUCUGUUAUUUAACAGUAUUAUUAUUAUUAUUACAUUUCAUCACAACGGGGGCCGAACAGUCAAUUAUGUCCGUCUCUCAGAUGGAAAAAAAUUUAUUUAAUCUUAAGUUUGCUGUGAAGGAGUUGGAAAGAAAUUCGAAAAAAUGUGAAAAAGAAGAAAAGGUUGAAAAGGCUAAAGUAAAGAAAGCAAUUCAGAAAGGUAAUAUGGAAGGUGCACGUAUCCAUGCAGAAAAUGCUAUUCGUCAAAAAAAUCAAGCACUGAACUACUUGCGUAUGAGUGCAAGAGUUGAUGCUGUAGCUAGCAGGGUACAGACAGCUUUAACUACACGUAAAGUUACCCAGUCAAUGGCCGGAGUAGUAAAAGCUAUGGAUGCAGCAAUGAAAUCCAUGAAUUUAGAAAAAAUUUCUGGUUUAAUGGAUAAGUUUGAAAGUCAAUUUGAAGACCUAGAUGUACAGAGUUCAUACAUGGAAAAUGCUAUGUCUCAAACUACAACUACAAAUGUCCCACAGAACGAUGUUGAUAAUUUAUUACAGCAAGUUGCAGACGAAGCUGGUCUAGAAUUGAAUAUGGAAUUACCAUCUGGACAAUUAAGCACUAUAGGUUCAUCUACUGUUAGUCAAGAACAGGAUGAGCUUACACAACGAUUAGCAAGACUUCGCGAAUAGUAACAUAAACAUAAAAAAGUUAUAUUAUAGGUGCAUGAUAAAAUGAUGCUCUAUGCUUACCUAAUCUAACCAGCACUAACUUGUUAAGAAGAAAAAGAGAAACAUUUUUCAAAACGCACUUUGUCUUAAAAACAGAUAUAUUUUUUAUUUACUUUUUUCAUACAAAUCCAUCUGAAAAGAACAAUUAGUAACGAAUAAAGUCUACUAUAAUAAUUGUUUCGUUUAAAUACUUCAAAUGAACGAAUAUUUUAUUAAGUUAAUUAAGUAUAUUUAGCUAUACAAAUAAAUAUAUCUAUAUGUUUCAUGAUAAGUACAUGUUAUCUAAUAAAUGUAGAUGUUUGUCAUUGCAAAAUCACAUUUUAUAGAAAUUUUCAUACAAACGAGUAGAAUUAAGAAAUGUGAUAUUUCGAAAAAGUUGACAAAUUAUCUGUUGGUAUUUUGAAAGGGAUUUGAAACUAUAUAUAUGUAUGUACAUUUAUUGUAACAUGUACAAUAAAAUAGUGAACGUGUUGAAACGUUCUGUAAGGGUUUGCUUGUAAAUUAUAUACAAAUGAAAUAUAAUUUUAAUACAUUCAAUAAUUUUUCAAUUUUAAACGCUUCAAAUUUUAUUUGUAAACAUUGUAAAUUUUAUAUUACUAAAACAUUGUUAUGUAUGACAAGUAAUUGUUUCUACAUAAUAUGGAAUACAAAAUUAAUUAUAACAUAAAUAAAAUUAUAAUUUAACGUAGGUAAAUGAUUUGUCCAAAUACAACAGUUUUAUCAUU